GCUUUGUAUAUUUCUACCCGGACACUAUUCAGUGCCGGACAGAUUCCGUUGACAUUGCUGCUGUUACCAAACCAGAAGGUUUCCGUGCAGGGAGCCUCCGUGACUCUGCAGCCCGCUUCUCGGCUCUAACAGCGGGUCUUCGUGCAGCCAUGUAUCGGCGGCCGCUGCAGUUCGCCGCCAGAAGCUUCGCUCAUGUGUCCGCCUGCAGGGCCGCCUCCGCCGGGGGCAAGGGGUUGGAUCAGGAAGCCUGUUUCAGAGCGCUGGCCGCCUGUCAGCAGGCGGGCGUCUCCUCUCCAUUAGUAACGCCGUGCCGGACGCUGCAUGUCGCCACACAGCUCCGUAACGUGAAGGAGACGCAUCAGCACACGGACGAGGAGGUCGGCGCCUUCACAAAGCUCAUCGAGGCGAUGGGCUUCACGGGACCGCUCAAAUACAAUAAAUGGAAAAUCAAGAUUGCUGCUCUGCGGAUGUACACGUGCUGCGUGGAGAGAAUCAACUACGACGAGUUCUUCGACAAGUGCACCCUCCCUGACACUCUCAACUCCUGGUUCCUGGUUGCACAGCUGCACGUAUGGAUGUGUUUGGUGCGGAUGCGUCAGGAGGGCAGAGAGGGGAAGUACAUGUGCCGUUACAUCGUGCACUCCAUGUGGGAGGAUGUGGAGCAGAGGAGCAAAAUCAUGGGGAUUGAUGCCAUCCACAGAAAGGAAGCGAUGAAAGCGAUGACCGAAACCUUCUAUGCAGCGAUAUUUGGAUACGACGAGGGAAUCCUGUCCGAUGACUGUGUGCUGGCGGCGGCUCUGUGGAGAAACCUGUUCAACCGUCAGUGUGAAGACCCCGGACAGCUCGAGCUCAUGGUGGAGUACGUCCGCAAACAGAUGCAGUACAUCGACGCGCUGGACGGGGACGACCUGCUGCUCACAGGAGAGGUGAAGUGGCGCCCCCUGGUGGAGGAGAACGCACAGAGCAUCCUGAAGGUGGUCAAACCCACGUACAACGAUGCCGGACUGUGACAGACACUUGUUGCACUUCAGUUUCCUUUCAUCCUUUCCUGGGUUAUGUUUUCUCCUCCCCUUCUUUUCCUCAUAACUCCUCCUCUCCUCUGUUAUGAGAUUUUAAUUUGACAUCAGGUCUGUUGUUGUAGCUUUUUUUUUUUUUCUUCUUUUUUCCUCUUGUGUUCAGAGCACUUAUUCUCCCAAUGAUGUGUCCACCAGAGGUCUGAUUCUGGAGGGUCGGUGUAUAUAUGUAGAUUAGACGGUCAGGGAUGAGGAUUGUGGGCCGCGUCGCACAUACAGCCGUCGUCCUCCAUCUUUGUCCUGUUGGGUUUGAGAGUGUCUGCUGCUUCCUGUCUGUGAAAACACACAUAUUUAUAUUUUCUCAGUUUUAUAAGUACCGCCACGCUGUAUUUAUAAAGUAUUUUGUACCUUCGAGCUUGCUCUUCUCCUGCAGAGGUGUCGUCUGAGACUUCUGUUACUGCUCCUUCACUGUGUUUAAAUAAAGUUUUGCUCUGUGAGGUUAAAACGAUCCUUGUAGAUUGUCAGUGAGGUGUCCAUAAUGCUCUCACACCGCAACAGGAAGCUGAACCCUCAAAGACACGACGUCAUUCUUGUUUUUAAAAAGUGAAUAAAUAAAGUUUUCUCUGAACGGC